GAAUGAAUGAAUGUACUUGCAGUAGUUUACAAACUUUUACAUAAAGCGAAAUAAAUGUUUGUUGGUCUUCGAGAGAAGAUUUGACAAAGGGAGCAGGCGGCCAGCGUGCGAGGAGAGAAUAAAUGUAGGAAUUGAUGAGGUAUGGCUAAAUUCAAUCGAGAGCGGCGGUAGUAUAAUUACGCGCCUCACCUCCUCCGUCGACCUCAAAUUACCUGAGCUCGACAUCAGUCUCACCUCCUCCGUCGACCUCAAAUUACCUGAGCUCGACAUCAGUCUCGGAGCCUACUCUCGGAGUCUCUCUACUCUGCUCGGCUGCUGCUGCUGCCGAUGCUUGCGGCUGCAGCGCCUACCUCCCCGCUGGCUGGCUGGCUGGCUGGCUGGCUCUCUCUCUCUCUCUCUCCUGCUGCUGCUCUGGUCCGAGAUGAUCUGAUCAGGUGGUACAUCAAACCCCACCAGGACAGUAGUCUACCGCCUCCCAUCCGUACUGCUACUCUACGAUCAUCUGCAGAUGCGGCUCUUCUUCUCUCGGUCCGUUAGGCUCGCACCAGUCACCACCUGUGACCACUCGCCAUCUGGUUGUCGCGCUCGGCUCGUUGUCCCUGGCACCCCCCAUAAACCUCGAGUCCCAAGCCGUUCUGGGCUUCCCUCGAAAAGUUGCUGAUGCUGGCGUCUACAUUUGCUCCGGCUUGGCCAUCAACUUCCCUACGACCAAACGCGACGCUUUUCGAACUCGGUGUUUGGCACUCCGCAUGGCCUUUUGACUUUGCCGUCCUCAUCUAGUCCGCUUCGCCUUACCUGACCUUGCCGCUCGCUCGCCCGCCCGCUCGCAUCCUCGAUCCCCGAUGGUCCCGCCCCUUUUCGCCUGCCCUUGCGUCCACUUCAUCCACUCAUUCUCUCUAGCUCUGCUCCUGCUUCCCUAUGCCGGUCAGUCCCGGGCUGUGGUUUGUUCGCACUCCGAGUUUGUUCUACCUUGCGAACUCUGACCAGUCCAACCUGCCCACCGCUUAAGAGACUAGUAUUACCUCGAGCUCCGCUACACUCCCAGCUCGUUUAGCUCGCAAGCAUGAGUACUGAACAUCGUAAAUUACCCCACACAGAAGCUGCGGCAUCGAAGGACGACGACGAAAUUGAAGACAUCGCGGGCCUCAAAAAAUGGCCGACUGUUUUCCAGCUGCUGGACGAGAUCAAGGAGCUGGGCAAGAUCGCCGGGCCGGUUGCAACGAUGAAUUUUGUGGUGUACUUGAGGUCUAUGGUGUCAGUCCUGUGCCUGGGGCGAUUGGGAGGCCUACAACUAGCCGGAGGAGCGCUGUCCUUAGGAUUUACAAACAUCACUGGAUACUCCGUGCUGUUCGGGCUCGCGUCCGGGAUGGAUCCCGUGUGCGGGCAGGCGUUCGGGUCCAAGAAUUGGACCCUCAUAGGCCUGACUCUGCAGCGCACAAUUCUCAUUCUGCUGGCGGCCUGCAUUCCCAUCAGCAUGCUGUGGAUAAAUUUGGAGACGCUGCUGCUGACGCUGGGCCAGGAUAAGUCCAUCACCUCGGUGGCGGGCACGUUCUGCCUCUUCUCGCUGCCGGAUUUGCUCGCGAACAGCAUCCUGCAACCUCUCAGAGUGUACCUGCGGUCGCAAGGCAUCACCACGCCGAUGAUGUGGUGCUCGGCGCUGGCCGUGUUGAUUCACGUGCCCUUGAACAUUGUGCUGGUGUUCGUGCUGAACAUGGGGGUGCCCGGCGUGGCCAUCGCGGCGGUGUGGACGAAUUUCAACAUGGUGUUCUUCCUCGUGAGCUACAUGUGGUUCUCGGGGGUUUACAGACGGACGUGGGUGCCGUGGUCGUCGGCCUGCCUGCAGGAGUGGUGCUCGCUGCUGAGCCUGGCGCUACCCAGCUGCUUCGCCGUGUGCCUGGAAUGGUGGUGGUACGAAAUCAUGACGCUUUUGGCGGGAUAUCUGCCGAAGCCCGAAGUGGCAGUGGCGACGACGGCAAUUCUCAUUCAGACCACGUCGCUCAUGUACUGCUUUCCCCUGGCCUUGAGCUCGUCGGUCUCGACGCGCGUGGGCAACGAGCUGGGCGCGAAUCGGCCCGGCCGCGCUCGAAUUGCGGUGUUCGUCACGCUGGCCUGCGCGUUUCUGAUCGCGUUCAUCAACGUCAUUUGGACCACCAUAUUCCGUCACAAAUGGGGCCGGCUGUUCACGACCGAUCAACACGUUCUGUCCUUGACAGCGGCCGCAAUGCCGCUCAUGGGGCUGUGCGAGCUGGGCAAUUGCCCGCAGACCACAGGGUGCGGAGUGCUGCGAGGCAGCGCCAGGCCCGCGACAGGCGCCCGGAUCAACCUCGGCUCGUUCUACUUCGUCGGCACGCCCGUGGCCGUGGCGAUGGCCUUCUGGUGGGGAAUCGGGUUCGAGGGCCUCUGGUAUGGCCUGCUGUGCGCGCAGACAGCCUGCGCCAUUUCGGUUCUCUUCGUCGUGCUCCGAACGGACUGGGCUUACGAGGCCCUGCGCGCCCGCCAGCUCACCGGUGGGGCCGACCUCUUCAAACUCGUCGAGAUGUAUGAGCCGAGCUCGGGCAAGACGGCAGCCGUUGCGGCCGCGGGCUCGGCUGCCGCAGCCAUGCUGGACGAAGACGAGGAGGCCGGGCUGCUGCAGAACGAGGAGAAGGCCUCGCAAAUGUACCUCCAGCAGAGCGUUUAGAGGACCCUCCUGCUCCUGCUCCUGCUCCCAUAGCCAGCCUUAGCCUUAGCCUUAGCCUUGUAUUCUAGUCGCCUCUAUAUGCUUGCAAUAUUAGUACAGUCGUCACCAGCCACUCUAAGACCCAGACUAUAGAAGAAAGCAAAUUCUUUGUAAAGCGGCUCCACUUUUGUUUCAAAUUCCAUGUAAAGCGGCUUCAACUUUUGU